AUGCCCUCCGAAAGAAUGAGUCGCGGAUUACCCAAACACAGCGCUUCCGUUGAAGUGUGCAUAUUCUGCAAGACGAUCAUAGAAUCAUCCAGGGUGGGCAUACACAGAGAAGAGCAUUUGCUCAAUAAAUUUCCGGAUCCGAGCGAUGGAUACUGGAAAUGUCCCUAUGAGAAAUGUUUCUAUACAACGGAUAGUAUCAACCCGAUUGGCGCACACUUACGAGCGCACGAGAAGGUCAACGCCCAAGUUUGUCCUCACCUAAUUCCCGAUGUCGACAAGCCGGAGAAGAAGGUCGUGUGUGGGUUCAUGGCCUCAAAUUUCGAGAAGCUCAGAGCACAUAGAGAGGAAUAUCAUGGAUUCCGGAGCGAACUCCACGAAGCAUCGUCUUCUCAAAGAACAAGUGUCAAAUGGGUCCCUCUGUACUAUUCGUGCGAUAGAGGAUAUCAGCAGGUUGAGCGAUCGAAGCUCGCCAGAGACAAGAUGAUGAAAGAACGCAGGUUUCCAAGACGAGAGGUCGAGUGGCAAGGCAAGAUAUUGAAAGAGAAUCCGUGUCGAUAUCUCACUAUGUGGAACAUUCCGGACGGCUUUCGCUUUAUUCCAAGCAUUGGACCUGAUGAACCGGAUCGUCGUUUCCCUCUCCGACCCGCUACAUUUCCGCAACUAACCUAGUGAUUGAGAUGUGUCGGAGUGGUUGGAAUAGGCUUUGACGGCAAUAGUGACCGACCGAAGAGAUUUUCCUAAUACGUUUCAACUUACUAGUUCAUAUGGACCAUUCAGCAUUAAUAUUUGUCUAGAUAAAGUAUGCAAUAAUUGGAUCGAUUCAGCA